AUGACCACCCUCUCUCCCGAAAACAGUCUCUCUGCCAGGCAGUCGGCCUCCUUCAUCCUGGUGAAGAGAAAACCACCCAUUGACAAGACGGAAUGGGAUGGCUUCUUUGACGAGAACGGUCACUUGGCCAAGUCACGAGACUUCAUUUGUGUCAACAUCCUGGAAAGGGGCCUGCACCCCACGGUGAGGACAGAAGCCUGGAAGUUCCUCACGGGCUACUACUCGUGGCAGAGUUCCCAGGAUGAGCGGCUCACGGUGGACAGCACAAGGAGGAAGAACUAUGAGGCCUUAUGCCAGAUGUACCAGCAGAUUCAGCCCCUUCUGGAAAACCUGCACCGGAACUUCAUAGAGACUCGGAACAACAUCACACACGACAUUAAAAAACUCUGUGACAAAGACCCCCUGGGCAAUGUCCUCAUCAAUAAGAAGAGGCUGGAGAAGAUCCUGCUCCUGAGUUAUGUCUGCAACACUCAAGCAGAGUACCAGCAGGGUUUCCAUGAGAUGGUGAUGAUUUUCCAGCUGAUGGUAGAACAUGACCAUGAGACCUUCUGGCUUUUCCAGUUCUUCCUACAGAAAACGGAGCACAGCUGUGUCAUCAACAUCGGGGUAGGCAAGAACCUCGACAUGCUCAACACCCUGAUCAACUUCCUGGAUCCCGUGUUCGCUGAGCACUUAAAAGGGAAGGGUGCGGGGGCUGUGCCAUCCCUCUUCCCCUGGUUCUGCCUCUGCUUUCAACAUGCCUUCAAGACCUUCGACGACGUCUGGAGGCUCUGGGAGGUGCUGCUCACAGGGAAACCCUGCAGGAACUUCCAGGUGCUGGUGGCCUACAGCAUGCUGCAGAUGGUGCGCCAGCAGGUGCUACAGGAGAGCAUGACGGGCGACGACAUCCUCCUGGCCUGCAACAACCUCAUUGACCUCGAUGCCGACGAGCUGAUCUCUGCUGCCUGCGUAGUUUACGCUGAGCUCAUCCAGAAGGAUGUUCCUCAGUCGUUAAAGGAUUUCUUUCUCUGA